CACCAAGCAAUACAGAAAGAAGAGAAGAGAGACAAUAAAGAGGAGAAGAGAAGACAUAAAUUCCUUCAACGUCUUUUCUUCUUCUUCUUUGGAUGAUUUCUUCUGUCUAACUUCAUUCUCCAUUUCAUUAAUCAGAAAAAAGGAUUCAUCUUUAUCAUCAAAAAUAUCAUCAUAUAAUCUUAUUAAUUUACAAAACAAUCCCUCCGUAUUUCAUUAUUUGGUAAAGUAAGAAGAAGAAUGAUGGUUGUUGAUAACAGUUUUGAUCUAUGGCAAAAAGAUGUCUUCUUUUCUGCUGCUGAAGAAGUCCAGAAUUCUGCUGAUAUAAUGGAAUCAGUUUACAGGACAUGGGUAAGGGAGACAAAAGAAGGGUUAGAAUCAGAUGAUUAUUCCGAUGAAUUGCGAAGAGAGGUUCAAACUGCACUGGGAACUGCUAAAUGGCAGUUAGAUGAAUUUGAGAGAGCGGUUCGGUUAAGUCAUCGAAUUGAUGAUAAUCGAACGACUAGGCAUAAGCAAUUUAUAAGUGUGAUAGAAGGGCAGAUAGCUCGUGUUGAAACUGCGUUGAAGGAGGCGCUAAAUGAGGGAGGGAAUGAACCUCUUCGGUGGGUGAAUUUAGAUGAAGAAGAAAGAGAUGAUUUAGCUGCAUUUCUCUCUGGGUCAUCUCCUGGGACAUCUCAGAGUGGAACAGAUGAAUCUGUGGAGUCGGGGUCGAUUAAAGACGUGCACCUUUGUGGUGCUGGUGGUUGUGCUGCGAGUGACAAAGAGAUUAUGGAGUGUAAGCGGAAGGGAUUUAAAGAGGUUUUAACUAUUAAUAAGGAUGCUAAAUAUGUUGUAGAACUGGAAACGAAAGAAAUUUCUGGGGCAAUGGAUGAUGCAAAUUGUCAAGCAGAGAGAUCAGCUGGUCAAACGAAGAUGUGGAGUUCGCCAAAUUUUGGUGAUUGGAAGAUUGUAAUUGCUGAUGAGGGUGACAGGAGGAACACGUUAGUAUCUGAAGAUGAAUCAACAAACAAAGGAAAGGUAUUGAAGAGUAGUUUUUGGAGGCAAAGGGGUGAGGAGCUUCCACAAACAAAUGUUGGGAUAUCAAGUUCACGGGACAUUAGAGGAGUACGUCGCUUAACUCAGCUUGUUUCGAGAUUGGGUGGUUGCCGGAGGCAGUCACUGAGCCCACGACACAUGAAGUUUAAAUCUCCUGUUCGAGUCACGCUCCUGGUCAUGCUAACAAUUUUUUUAAUUGUGCCUUUCUUAUUCUAUUCAGCUUGAGAAAGUGUUGUAUGGAGAUAAAAAGGACAAAAGAAACUAGAAGAAAGCAGAAAAUUUGUCUUAUUCUUCCGGUACCCAGCCAUCCCGCAGCUGCGUUGUUACUGAGAAGGUGGAUCAGCUCAUCUGCAGAAUCAUAUUCAAUAGUUUUAGCUUCUUUAGGAAUGAAGGUCUUCAGGGAAACCAUGUUCUCCACUUGAGCGUGCAGCUGAUAAUCCAUGGAUGGGCAAUAAAUAUUAACAUCAUCACCGAUAUGACGCACUAGGUUUCCGUUCAUUUUAGUUUGAAAGAUACUAGGAUUGUAGCGGGAGCAUUCCACCACCUUGAGGUGUUUUUGUUGCAGAUUGUAGAAUAUAAGACGCUCCCCGUUGAACCAAUACAACAGUACCUGAUUGGAGAACGUUAAUAUACGCGUAGGUGGCGUAGUAGCAGAGGGGACCUUGCUUAUCCAUAAUCUGAACAUUGAAAGUUUCCUCCCUGGUCCAUACUUGCUUGUCCUUGUCCUUGUCCUUCAGCAUAUACAUAUGAACCUUGUAACAACAAACACCGGUCUGAUGGCCGCAAUGAUGAUUGUUAGAUCUUCUUGUUA